CAAUUAACUGAUUGUAAAGUAAAUAUUUGAUUGUACAAAGAAACAACUAACCAUCGGUCAGUUUAUUAAGUUGACCAGAGCUUUUCAAGAAAUUGAAUAUGAAAAGUUACCGAUUGGUUAAUUUUUCGUUUUUUUGUAUUUACCUUAAAAUUGAAAGACAAAAGGAAGAUGAGAACAAAAAAAAGACAGAGGAAGAUGAAAAACCGACAGUUACUUGUCAAUCAUGUUUGAGAAUUCAUCUAUUUGUCUUUGGAAAGGAUUAGAUUAUCUCUUGAUUGAGAGAAAAUAUUUACUUUUAUUUGAAUCAAAUUCUCAAAUUAUUGAUCAUUUAUGAUGAAUUUUCAAUAGUCUUCCCAUGAUAAUAAAACAACAGAAAUGACAAAGCGAUAAAUCAACUGACCAGUUGAAAGUUCACACAUUAUUGUCAUGGUCAAGGGUAUUGGUCAGUUCAAAGAUGCGAUGGCCAUUAUGAUGUUAGAAAAGAAAGAAAUUAUAUACAAAGAGAGAGAAGAAAAGAUUUUCUUUCUUUCUAAUUCUCUAAGAACAAUUCACUUUGGAGGGCAAUCGACAGAGUUAAACCUUUACCUGUGGAAAGAUGAUGAGGAAAGAAAGAGAAGAUAAAUUUUGUUUGAAAGGCAAAGGAAGAGGAAAAGGUUAGAGUCGUAGUGGUGGUGGUUCGAAGUUAGGUAAAUAUGUUGAAGAAAACGAACUGGGAGGCGGUGGAAAAGGUAAGAAAGAGAAGAAAAGAGAGAGAAGGAGAGAGAGAGAGAAAGAGAAAAAAGGAGGAUUAACAAGUGGAUUAGGAGGAGAAAGAGGAGGAAGAUAAGGAAGACGAAGGUAAGAAGGAAAAAGGAACAGAACAAAAAUAAACAUUUUACCUUUUAUUCUGAGGAGUGAGAGAGGAAAAACUUUUUUUCUCUUCUCUGGUCAUCAUCAUGCCUUCUCGAAGGAAACAUUCAAAUUCUGAUGAACCACAUUGUUUUUCGGGCUACAAUGAAUCGCCAACAAUCAACAACAAUCAACAGCAAUUACAAUUUAAAAAGUCAAUCUCUCAAUCAUAUUAUGAGAUAAAUAACAUUGCCGAUGAUUACGAUGACGAUACUUGGUCCAAAGAUGAUCUCCUUUAUAAGGAUAAUCUCCGUGAAGUGUUGAAUAAAUGGGAAAAUCUUGAUGACGGAAUUUGGAGUAAAAUCAUUUGCCUGGAACACAAUCGACGAGUGGCCAAAGCUUACGCUCGAUUUAAAAAGUUGACCAUAAAUGGGUCUGAUUGUUGUUUCGAUGGACAAGUUAUUGGAUUAAGAGGAUUCGAAAAUCCGUUUCGAAACAAGUCCACGGCCAAUGUCCUCUCAUCGAUCGGUUCUAAUGGGUUAACCAUUAAAAUCGAUGGCGAGGGAAACAUUUGGGUCCAACAUAAUUGCCACUGUUCCGUUUUCGCCCCUCAGUGUAACAAUUAUCAUUCCCACAGAUCAUUCCGAGCGGACAAUAGUUCAACUGCCGUUGGACGGGAACUUGAAAAUUGUUCAGGUCAUUUGUCGGCCAAUAAAUGGUUCAAAUUGUUUGAUAUGAGUCGAUUUCGUGACAAUAUCAUCAAGGAAAUGUCCUCAAAUUAUCCCGAUAUGGCAUCACUUCAGUUCCAGUGUAUCUCCGUUAUCUCAUUUGGCUCCAAAAGUGCCGAUAUCCUUGAGUCACCUUCGUCCAUACUGAUAAUUAAUAUUCUGGCUCUUGAUAUGCUUCGAACUCGUUUAUGUCCAAAAAGUGAAUCAACCUCGAAACCAAUUAAGGAAAGUUUAAAAAACGUCGCCGGAUCUGUUUGGCAAUCAGUCAGAAGAUUAGCCUCUCGAUCAUCCAAACGCCAUCCACUGACCACAAUGUUGGACAGAUCCUGGAGAUCAACAUCCAAAGUAUUCAAAGAUGAGAAUCCCUAUUCAUCACUGACCUCAUCCGCCUCAUAUGCUGAUGCCAAUUAUUAUAAUUAUAAUGAUAAUUACGGUGAAAUUAGGGCCAAAGAUGAUUCUCUACCUCGAUUAUCAUACUUAUCGGGUGUCAAUCAAUUCAGAAUAUCAACAAUUGACACUCGAUUAAAAGGUUCAUCUAUGUUUGAUUAUCGACCUAAACCUGAACCGAUGCCUGAUUAUGAUAAUAUAACAAUUAAAAGUUCCUCGUCCCUCUCAUCAGCAUACAAAGGAUCAAAUCGUAAAGCUAGUUUAGCUGCCGUUUCCAAUGAUGGUUACGACGAUUGGACUAAUUUACCAGCUCAACACAAGCCUUCAUUUUACCCGCAGACGCGAUUAAGUGGCCCAUUGAACAGCGUUUUUCGAGCCUUUCCAAUUGAUACUCCGAUUGUUGAUUCAAAUUGUAAUCAAUCAAAAGACCAACCUGAAGGCUCAACAAUUAGCUCAGCUGAUUCAAAUAGUUCUGAUGUAUCAACAGCGAGUCCAGAAACUGAAUCAAAUGAUGAAGCCGAAUCUCAUAUUUAUAGCAGUAUUUCAGAUUCCAAGGAUGGUAAAUCAAUUAAUCAAUCAAAAAGCGAUGGAAGUGAAUCAAGUGAUCAAUAUGGAGAAAUUAAAACAAUUGAUGAUGAUGAAGAUGAUGAAGAUAAUAGUGAUGAUCAGGUUGAUGGAAUUAAGGAAAAUAAAGAGAAAGAAAUUGCUAAUUCAAUUGGAUGAUAAUCCAUUUUUGGAUCACAGGAUAAUCCAGAUUGUAUUUGCUUCUCAAACCGAUUGAAACACUGAUCCAUUUAUCAUCUAAUGGUUGACAAUCAAAACAUUCAACAAUUAAGCUAAUUUAUAUAAUUAGAGUUAAUUUGCUUGAUUAAUUAUCAUUCACAAUCAUCCACACAAUCAAUCCGGAGAUAUCGUUGGUUCAGCUGUUGGGAUUCGGAAUAAAGGAAAACAAUCAACUCGCAAUCAAAUUUUUAUACAAUUUAAAUUGUUCACCAUUAGAAUAUUAAUUUUACAAUCAAGCCUGUGAUAAUCAAAGUGCCACGUUAAAUUUACAACUUUAAUUACGAUCAUUUAAAUAUCUUUCUUUUGUUUAAUUCCAAUUCCAAUUCCCUAAUUUGCAACCUUCAACCUUUUCCCUUUUUCCUAAUUGAAUAACAAUUAGUUAAAUUAAUUAACCCUUUUCUAAUUAAAAUCCUAAAUAAUAAUCUGAUCACCUUUACUAAUCUUUACCAAUGUCAAUCACAAUCAAUUUAAUUUAAAUUGUUUCAACGUGGUCGUUACUAUGGAUCAACAUUUAAAACGAAAGGUUUUAAUCAUCGUAAUCAUUGAAAUUCAAUUAAUCCAAAUCAAUUUCCAUUUGAUUUGAAUCUUAAUUGUUUACAUGAUCAAAUUUAAUUUUCUCCCAAUCCCCAAAUCGUAUCAUCAUCAUCAUCAUCAUCAUCAUCAUGUUUAUAUCAUAAUUAUUUCAAUUCCUCUCUGCUAUUAUUAUUACCAAUUCCUUUCAUCACCAACCAUUAACUAAUUGUCGUGAUCAAUUCAAGGUCAGAAUUAAAGUCAAUUGAAUUAUCAUCACUGAAUAAAAAGUUAAUUUUAAAACAAUUUAAUGUUCACUUUAAACUUAAUUGUUGAUUCAUUUGUUUUCUCAAUCGGUUAACAGAAACAACAAUCAAUCAAUCAAUACUUUUACUUUCUGUUUUCAACAACAAUCAUCAACAAUUAGUAUUAACAAUUAACCCUUUUAUUUUUGUUCAUUGUGAUUAAAUCAAAACAAAGUGAAUUCAACCAUUUCCUUUGAUUUGGUUAAAAUUGUUUCCAUUCUGUAAUGACAACAACAAUUAACAAUCGUAAAUGUAAAUCUUAAUUAUCAAACCUUCAGAUGAAAAGGUUGAUUAAAAAAAGUGAAAGUAAGUUACAAUUAUUUAACAAUUUUCCUCAUUAUUGUGACAAUUAAAAUUACUGAUCAAAAGAUUUUAAAGGAAAUAGUUAAUCAAUAAGGGAAAUACUUCAAUCUACUUGAUAAUUAAAUCAAAGUUUCUUUUAAUUGUAGUUUGGACAAAAAAGUUCAUUUUGAUUCUCACAGUUAGCAAAUUGUACUUUCUCUCUCUCUCUCUCUCUGUUCACAAGUCGUUAAUUAUUACAAUUAAAAGAAGUGUAUAAAUAAAUAUAUGAGUUGAUAAUUGAAUUUUGUUUAAAAAACUGAUGAAAAUAUAAGAAUAGAUAUUAAUUGUUACAUUGUAAAGAAUAAGUUGAUUGAUUGAU